CAAGACGUCACAUCCGCUCUCUGCACGUAGCCGUGUGUUUGCUAAGCUAACCGGCUGUUAAGCUAACCGGCUGCUAAGUGCCGGAUUUCUUCAACAUGGUCGAUUUAGUCGCUUUUAAAACCGAAGUUGCCUUCAUCGUGAACAGCUUGGCCAAAGCGGUGGUGAAGGAGAUCUUCAUCGCGGCGGAGGAAGUGUCUUUGAACAAACAAAACCCCGAAGCGGAGCAGAAACUGGGAGCUCUGGUUGACAGUUUGUGUGUCGAAGCUGUGGAGAAAAUCCUGAAGGCAUCUGAGCAGCAGCAGGAGACUGAUGGAAGUCUGAAGCAUCCAUCUGAUGCCAGCGAAGCGUUAAUCCGGACUCAGACAGCAGGUGAAAAUAAAAGCCGCUCUGAUGCGACGCUGCAUGGCGCUCGCUCCUCCUCCCCUCUGGCUGAUGACCAUGAGUACGCCCUGCCGCCAUCACCUCCUGGUGCCUCCUCGGCAGCAGAGGGUGGAGUCAGGGAGCAGACUCGCAGCCGGAGGAGGAAGGACGGCGUUGCAGUGACUGCAGAAGCUCCACUGCAGUGCUCACAAUGCGGCAUGCUGUUUCCAAACACCGAGCGGUUCACGGACCAUACGAAGAAGUGUCACCCGGUGUGCUCGGUGUGCGGAACGAUGUUCACCGGCAUCCUGAAGCUGCGCGACCACGAGAUCAGAGAGCAUGGGCUGCUGCCGUACACCUGCGACUACUGUCCGAAGAGGUUCAACCACAAGACUCACUGCAACCUGCACGUGAAGGCGCGACACACCGGCGAGAAAACGUGCCACUGCGACAUCUGUGGGAAGGGCUACUCCUGCAUCAGUGUGCUGAAGACACACAGGAUGACGCACUUUGACAAGACGUUCAUCUGUGACAUCUGCGGGAAGGACUUCUACCACGCCUGCCACCUGACGCGCCACAAGCUGGUGCACCAGGAGGUGCGACCGUACCGCUGCUCCACCUGUGGAAAAGGCUUCACGCAGGCCGCCAACCUGCGCAGCCACCAGCUGACCCACACUGGAGAGAGGCAGCUCUGCUCGGUCUGCGGAAAGAGCUUCCGCUGCCUGAAGAACCAUGUCAUCAGCAAACACUCCCACGAGCUGCCGGCUGACGAGCUGCCGGCCGGAAACUCCAUCAUCAGCUGCGACGUUUGUGGCAAGAAGUUCCCCAACCUGUCGCAGUACCGGGUGCACCAGAGGAGCCACACCGGGGAGAAACCCUUCCACUGCGACAUCUGCGGCAAGAGUUACCGGCUGAAGGAGCUGCUGCGGGACCACCGGUACACCCACACCGGAGGGAAACCCUACCGCUGCUUGCUGUGCUCCAAGACCUUCAACCUGGCCACCAGCUUCAUGAGACACUGCAGCAUCCACACCGGGGAGACACCCUACAGCUGCCUCCACUGUGGGAAACACUUCCGCCUGCUCACUUUCCUCAAGGCUCACCUGCAGACCAAAGCUCACCUGAAGCAGAUACAGCAGAGGCCGGCGGGUGAUGCCCAUCUCUAACCUGUUUUCAUUUUUUAUUCAUUUGGGCAUCUGGACCAUAAACUACCUGUCAAACAGGUAGACAGGUAGAUAGAUGCAGCGUUCAUAGAAGGUAUUCACCCUUCCUGCAAGUUUUCUCCUUUAGUAAGCUUCUAUGUCAAACGUCUACAAAAUAAUGUCAAUUAAUAAAAAAUCUUAAAUAUUGAA